UUUUCCUGACGCUUUGGGGGGCGGGACAGUGUCUCCGACAGGAAACCGACAGAAAGAUGGCUGCAAUCAGAAAGAAACUAGUGAUAGUUGGUGAUGGAGCCUGUGGCAAAACCUGUCUCCUCAUAGUGUUCAGCAAAGAUCAGUUCCCUGAGGUCUAUGUGCCCACUGUGUUUGAAAACUAUGUGGCAGAUAUUGAGGUGGAUGGUAAACAGGUGGAGCUGGCUCUCUGGGACACAGCGGGACAGGAGGACUACGACCGACUGAGGCCUCUCUCCUAUCCAGACACAGAUGUCAUUCUCAUGUGUUUCUCAGUCGACAGCCCUGACAGCCUGGAGAACAUUCCAGAGAAGUGGACUCCUGAGGUCAAACACUUCUGUCCCAAUGUGCCUAUAAUUCUGGUGGGAAACAAGAAAGACCUGCGAAAUGAUGAACACACACGUCGAGAGUUAGCUAAGAUGAAACAGGAACCAGUGAAGUCAGAUGAGGCAAGGGACAUGGCUAACCGGAUCAAUGCCUUUGGUUACUUGGAGUGCUCGGCCAAGACGAAGGAUGGUGUUAGGGAGGUGUUUGAAAUGGCCACCAGGGCAGCACUUCAGGCCAAGAGACGAGGCAAGAAAACCGGCUGCUGCCUUUUAUAGUGUCAGGUAACGCAGGAUCAGGAGGGAAAUAAACAUCCAAGAAAAAUAUCCCUGUACCUGUUUUCUCCAAGGCGGGCACAGUUGACUGGGGAGUAGUAGGGAUGAAAUAGGAAGGUCAAAUGCAAUGGAAAAGGUGAAUACAUGUAUAUACAUUUAAGUUCGACAUUAUGGCUUUUAGCUUUCAAAUAAUAAAUAUUAUAAUCUCGAGUUUAGGAUUCCAUAAACCUGAAAUUAAGAGAACAUGACGAGAAAGGAACAUCUCUCUUACUCAUACUCUUACUCCAAUACAGUAAUCAGACUUAUACCUGCCUAACGAGCUGUUGGAAGAAUUCCAUGGCUUGCAGUGUGACUGUGCUUGUCUGGUUUUUCACUCUCCUUAUUUCCAAAGUUAUAACUUUAUAUGAACACGCUUUUCUUUUCUAUGAACCUGUAAUACUUCAUACUAUUUCCCAUUCAAAUGCAGAGAGUUUGAUUAUUUGCAGUUUUUUUUUAGUUUGAGUGUUUUAUACCUGCUUUUUAAUUAAUACAAGUUGAUUGCCCUUUGGACAGUUACUGUUAAUCCUGAAAUAGUAACAGCCCUUAAUUUAUAACUGCUACAGGGGAGCAAAGCCUUUUUUUAAACAAGCUGAAAAGAAUUUAUUCCUUGAUUUCCCCAGUUUUCUGAGACUAUUUCAUAAUUUAUUAAAAAUCCACCCAGUUUUAUCAUGUGAUCACUUUUAAUUUGCUGGUAAUGCAAACUGAACACUGUCUCCCUGACAAAUUCAGUAUAAUGUAUAUUUCUAUAGCACAGUGUCCUUUACUACAAAGUUGUGUAGUGUAGUUUCCUCUUCAAAAUAAAUACUGUUUUCAGUUACUUUUUGUAAAGUUACUUUAUCAAUAUUUGACAUUAGUAGGAUAAUAGGAUGAAUUGCUUGCUGCCAGUUGGCUUUUAACGUGAAACAUUUUCACAGGACUUGAGUCACUUGUGGAAGUGAGUGAAAACAGUGUUUGUGUUGAAGAAGUGACGCUCAGAGGAUAGUUGAUGGAAUCAGUGCCAUGGGUCAGCUUUAGUGAAUGUUCAUCUGCAACAUACAGUAACUCCACAGCUCAGUGUUUAACCCUUCUUUUGUUCUCUGGAUGUUAGACAUUGACAGGGUUUCCCCCCCACUCUGCCAGUUCACUCAUGUCUUCAUCUGUUUUUCUGCUCUGUUGUAUAUUAUGUUAUGUUAUGUUCACUUUGUGAUAUUCUACUGGUUUUUGUUGUAUUUUUUGCACACAGCUAAAAUUAGGAGGUCGGUGUGGUAAACACUUUUCAUAAAAUAUAUGUCAGAUUAUGAAAUACAAAUUGCAAGCAAAUCCUUCGGUCAUUUGUAAUAUUCUUUUGUAUGCAAAUGUAUCAUGACAUUUCUCCAGUCGUCUUUUGUAACGAAAUAAAUUGUAACCGAGAAUGACCAAA